CUCGCAGAUGUAUUUUUUGUUUAGCUUGUCCGAUUUGUAUUCAUUUACAUUCAAUAUUCACUUGUUUUUUCUUUUCCUUUGUGUAGCUGAUCAUUAUAUCAUUAGUGUGUCUUUACUUCAUAUAGAAAUAAAUAAAUACAGUUUAUAUUAUAUUAGAAAGUAUUUUUCUUAACUGAAACAAAGAAAAACAAAUAGCAAAUUGAUAAUAUAUUGUGAUAUUUUCAGUCGAGGGUAAUGCGAGUCACCUCCGACGAGCGUUAUUUAUUAUUUAUUGGAAUGUUGAAUCUUAUUUUAUACACAUCAUCGAUUAAAAUAAAUCAAACGACUCAUAUCCAAAAUCCCUCAAUUGAAGAUUAUACUGAAUUAUAUUCAAAAUAUUCCGAACGAUUAACAUGUCCAUGUAAUAAAAUGUCAAUAAAAUAUGAUAAAUUAGUUAAUAUAACAUAAAUUUCAUCAAAUAUGUUAUAGUGAUUUUAUCAAUGAAAUUUGGUUAAAAUUAAUGUAUUCACAAUUUACAAAUAUAUAUCGUGAUGAUUUUCGAAGUUAUAGUAUAUAUAUAUUUCAAGGAAUUAUAUUUUUAUGUGAAUCGAUUGAUAAAACAAUUCUUGAAAAUUUAAAGAAUUUUUAUUUUAAUGAAUAUAUAAGUGUUGUAGUAACAUCGACAGAUUUAUUCAAAUCUCAAAUUGAUUCUCUUGUUAAUCAAUUUAUUUCAUCAAUAAUGAAUACAUUUUUACAAUCAUUUCAAUUAAUUCGAAGUACAACUUAUGCAAAUGCACUUGGAUCAGCAGCAUUAACUGAUCAUUAUUAUUGGGAACCUUCUAUUGCAGGAUAUUCUGCAGAUAUUAUAUUUACUGAAUCAAUUGUACGAAAUGGUUGUUCGUGUGGAAUGAUUAAUACUUGUAUUGAAGCAAGUGUUCUUUAUAGAAAUAAUGAUCAUACUAAAUAUUAUCAAGUACCAGGAAUGUUUCUUGGUUGUUAUAUUCUUGAAGCUCUUCUACAAUCAACUUUUGAAUGUUUUUAUGAUGAAACAUGUAUAAAUAUGAUAAAACCUACAAAUAAUUCUUCUAUAAUAAUCAAUCCAAUACCUCUUAAUGCAUCAUUAGAUAGUCAAUAUUUACCUUAUACAACAUUAGAAAUUAUACUUAAUCAAUUAAUGAUUGAAAAAUGGAAUUGGUCAAUAUUAUAUGAACUAUAUUUCAUUGAAUGUCAACCAAAUGAAUGUCGAUAUACAUAUGAAACUAGAAAUGAUGCGAUUUAUAUAAUUACAACAGUUAUUGGUCUUCUUGGUGGUCUAGUAACUGCUCUUAAAUUUGUCAUUUCUAAAUUUUGUAUAAGAUUAUUAAUUUCGAUUCAGAAAAGAAAAGUCAAAGUUGUUCCAAUAGUGCCAUUACAAACAGCAAAUAUUUCAUUCAUUGAUCAAUCAAAUCCACAAAAUUUAUAA